UCGGCAUAAAUGACAGCAUAGUCUAUGUAUAGUUAAUAGUGGUGACCUGGCCAGUGGCACUGUUUGCACAAAACCGCACUACCUCAAGCAAAGUGGCUAAGAAAAGCUGGAUCGGUUUGCAUCGGAUUAGCUGUGACCCCUCUUCCCGAAUCAAUCAAAAUACAUCUAUGAAGAUCCAGUACAAGGAGACUUGUUUUACUUCUCAGGCUUAUAAAGGGUAAAUUAUUUGUUAUACCUUGUUAUCAUUUGCAUUUAAUGUGUUUUGAAAUAUGAUUUGACUAAACCAUCUAACGGAACUGAUCUGUAUUUAAUAGGAUUUCAAUUUUCUUGCUCUUGAUUUUAGAAGUUCAAGAGCAUUAUAGAAUGGCCCUCACAACUUUAAACCAGUUAAAUCUAACUAUCACUUGGCAUCUUAAGCGUUAUCCUGAUGUAAUUCAGAGCAUCAGAUCUAGUUAAGUCUGUAAAAACGUUUUUACAUUUAAUCAUAAAUAUUCUUUACAGGACCAUCAGGACUGCUCAAAUAUCAACAAACACAGGUGUUUAAAUACUCCUGGAGGAAAAUGAUUUCUCAUUAAUCUUGCUGCAUGGCUGGAGUAAGAUAAAAGCUUUUGGAAGAACAGCUUUGGAUACCUUUGCAAUGACUGAGUGGACACAUUGUAAAUACAUAUGAAACCCAUAAGAUGAAGACCCCCCCCCUCCCCGUUGGAAAGUUAACUGAACACUACCGGUUUGCUUAAGUUUAUCCUCAAGGAGAAACAAUGCGCCAAACUUCUGAAAAUCCUUAGUUCAGUGUCCUGGCAACACCCAUGCAAAUAGUCUAUGAAACGUGUGCUUUAGAAAGUAACUCUUUUAGUAACAGAACAUGUGCUUCUCUGUCUUCUCUCUGCCUCCACCCCAGGACCAAUUUAUAAACGGGGCUGGCUAACGGCCCCGCAAUAAUGACCGUGGAAUGAGGCAAACCUCCCACUGUAGCAUAAGGAGAAAUAGAAGAAUUUCCAUAUGCUUUCUCUUCAUUUCUGGAUGGCUGGGGGUCGGGCUGCAGCUGCUGCCCUUGCUGCUACUUCUGUUACCAACGGCAUUCAGACUGACAGCUUUCAGUGCCAAACCAACAACUGUACUCAGGAGCUCCUGAACAAGACAGUGGCAGCGGCAGCAGGAACAGCAGUGGCAGCCACCUCCACCCCAGCCCGGCCGGGACACACUCUUGGGUCCACCGCUACCACUGAACAGCGAGGAGCGAAGCUGGGAAUUACCCUGCAGGAGACACGUGUGUGUCCGCUGACUGUGCAGUCCUGGGUCCAUAUCUCUGCCUAUUCCCUUCAUCCUCGGCCACAUGCUGACGGGAUAAGCAUGGAAGCCCUCUCAAAGUCGCCCAGCGAGCGAGCCACUAGCCACAGUAAAGGGGGAGCGGGAGCGAAAUACAGCAGGAUGAAAAGCCGCCCUGCAGAGCCAUUCACCACAAUCACUUCCAAGGAAUCGACCUAUGUGGAGAUUCAGGAUUUCCCCCGAGGGAGGGAAGCCAGUCCCCAGACCCUAAAGCUGACUUUGGCAGGGAGCGGAGGAAAAGUGGCCUUUCUCAGCCCUAAAAUCGGAGCUUGUGAGAUCAGCGCUGUUAGCUGCUCGGCUCACAACGCGCUGGCAGCGACAAGUGGAAAUCCAGCAUCCUUGACCCGUGACUCUAAACCAGAGGCCAGCCCAGGAUCCCUUGGGAGGAAGGGUAAUGAGGCGGGGGGAUGCAGGGCUGGCUCCAACUCGGGCGGAUCUAAUGAAAACACUUGGUCUGGACUCCCCAACACGCAGCUUUACCCGAGCGGCUGCCCGGAGUCGUCAUCCUCUUGCCCAUCCCCGGUGAACAAGGCAAGCGCGUUCCCCAAAACGGACGACACCGCAACCGAGGGCAAAACCUCCUCCUCUUCCUUUGGGUACGAAAGCGACGAUGACGAGGAUGCGGACUGCAAAGCAAGAGGGGGGAGCCGGGGGGCUUCCCAGCCCACCGACUGCAGCGAGACCAGCCCUGCUAACGAUGAGGCGCAUUACAUUACCACACACGAAAUCCAGCUCAGCGAGGUGGACCACGACAUGGACUUUGACUUUGGCCUGGCCUCCAGGUGGGACUUUGAAGACAACAAUGUGAUCUACUCCUUCGUGGAUUACGCCUCCUUUGGGAGCGACGAGACCCUCGGGGACACGCAGACGGAGGAGGACAAUAGCUGUUAUCUCAGCACGACCAGCGAUGCCAAUAACCAGACGGACAGCAUCGAUAAUACCAGCAGUACGGAGAUAGUCAGCAUUAACUCUGAAAACGAUACCCCCAGCACAGACAAAUGCGCCAGCUCGGAAGAAAGCCAGCCCAAGAACCCCGGCCACAUGAGUGAGAACCCAGCUGCAGGCCACAUUCUCCUAUCAAUCAAACCGACUUCCCGGGCUAUAAAUGAGCUUAGCAACCUGCAUGAGAAGCAAAACAUUAUUUACGCUGCCAAGCAUGAAGGCGACAUGAGCCUCCGUGUCUCCACAGCUCCCGAACGCAAAGCCAGUUUCAAACAAGACGCGAUUCAUGACCAGGCAAAAAAAUAUAUCGCUGUCCCCGCGCGUUUGCAAACCCAGUGUGGAGCCAUAAGGGCGAAGGAAGUGGGAGGAUAUGCCAGCGGUGCCUCCAGCGCGGUCAGCGAGCUGGAUGAUGCGGAUAAAGAAGUGCGAAACCUGACGGCCCGAGCUUUCCGGAGCUUGGCUUACCCCUACUUUGACACGCUGAACUUCAGCUCCAGGGAGUCCUCUGCGUCCCUUUCGGAUCAGGCGCUGGGGAUCAACCGAUGGUCCACCUAUUUAGACCUGAAGUGCGGCAAUCUCGGGCAGAAAACGGAGCAGAACCUGUUAAAGAGCAGCGCCGAACCUACCGGAUGGCACAGAAGCGCUGGAGCGAAGACAUGCAGUGACCAGUUCUACAUUCGCUCCAACAAAUCGCAGACGAAAGCCCUAGAGUUCGUGGUCAGCAAGCUCGAUGGGGAAAUAACCCACGUGGAAACGCCAGCGUGCUUCGAGAAGCGGAUCCAGUCGGGCUCCCGGGUUGUAACUUUAUUGGAGACGUUGAAUUUUAGCAGCAAUGUUAAUGCUGGUGUCCCCAGACCCGCGAAACGUCUUGGACAUGCUGCCGCAGGGGCAGGUUGCGCAGAUGAGCUUCCGGAAACGCUGCCCAGGGACCUGGGCCAGGAGGCCAGCAAACAAACCGGGCUGGCCGCGGCAGAAGUCCAGGAGGGCACCUCGAAUAAAUCGAAAUUCGCCUCCAGCCUCCUCAAGAAUGUCAUCUCGAAGAAAAUGCAGCGGGAGCACGAGUUCAAAAUGGAGAGGGGAGAGAUCACAGACACUUCGUACACUGGGCUGGCCGCGUCCUUGCCUGGCAAGGAGCAGGAGGGCUCGGCCAGGGAGAAGCUGAAAGAUGGGGGCAUGCAGCGGCAGAACUCCAGGUAUUCCGAGGGCAGCUCUGACUACACAAUUGUGACCGCAGAGGACCCGGGGGAGUUUUCUGACAGCAAGUCGCCGACCUCCAAGGCGUCUACCCCUCGCCUAGACCGACCCCUGUCGGAAACGCGCCUGGAGGACGUGUGCGAAAUUAAGAAGAGCGCCUCGGAGGCCAUCAAAGCGACUUUCCUCCGCAGCCAGAACAGCGCGUUCAGGUCCUGGAAAGAAAGAGAGUCAGAGAAGAAGAAAGAAGAGCGAGCUCCCAUCGGGAAACUUCAGCUCUCCUCCGCCAAGUACGACUGGCGGGCCGAUCUGGGUGAGAUCUCAACCAGCAAGUGCACUAAAAUGUCUCGUCUCUUCGUCCCAAACAUUCAGCGCACCCCCACGGGGAAGCAGCCUGGCACGCAGGUGACAAAAUACUCCACAGCCACCUAUGCGGCUCGGGCUGGCACCCCCGUAAAGCCCAGAGCCCCCGAGAUCAAGAUCAGCCUGGGCAGCGUGCAGCCAAGCAAGGAUCACCCCUUUGACAUCGCUAAGCUGCUCACCCCCAAACUAGCCGCGACCGCACCGACCCUUUUCAAGGCAGCGGAGGAGCCCCGAGGCCAGGCGCAGAAGGCAUUCAAAGCGGACGGCCUGGACAAGGUGCCCCAAUUCCUGGUGCGCGAUAUAAGAGAAAACAAGCCUAAAGCCCCCGGGCCCAUUCACCAGGUAAGAGACGUCAGGAAACUGAUCAAGAGCUCGUACGGCCACGACUCGGGCGAUACCAACAGCGACAGGAGCAGCGCGCUCUCCGACCAGGGCAGCGCUGAGCAGAAACCGAGGCAGCUGGCCAUAGCGGGGAUCCCCAGGGCUCUGUCUCCCAUGGUGAUAACCUGCCAGGCGGUCAGUAGCAGCAGGGAGGACAAGGGGCCAGGCGAGGCGGGGGGCAAGGUGCUGCCUGCCACGGCAGAGGGGACAAUCCUGGUGCACAGGACCUCCGGGAGGCUGCCCGUGGCCACCAUCGCCCCCAACAAGAGCGACCGCCGCUUGCCCGCCGUACUGAAGAUCGUGUCCAAAGCCUCCGCACCCUGGCGGCAGCAGCAGCAGCCGCCGCCCGCUCCCGCUCCCGCUGAGAAAGGCAAGGGGGCGGACGAGGAGCCGCCCAGCCGCAACGCGCUGGAGAAGCUGACGGCGGCGGUGCGCAGCAUGGAGGAGCUGUACAGCUUCAGCAAGCACGAGUGGAAGCGCAAGAGCGACCCGCGGCCCAUCACCGACAGCCACGUGCUCUCCCUCAUCGCCAGCCAGGAGCGCGGGGCCGCGGGGCCAGCCGAGGCCAAGAGCGCGGCCCCGCCCCCGCCAGCACCCGAGCGCCAGCCCCGCCCGGGCUCUGGCCCCAAGUCCGACAAGGUCUCGGCCAGGGCGGCCGCGUUCGAGAGCCUGGCGCGGGAACGGCCCCGACCCCUGCCCGGGCCCCGGGGGGAGGCGGGCGCGGCGCACAAAGCCCCCGGCCCGCAGCCGCCACGAAGCAGCGUCUUCACCAUCAGCUCCGCGCAGAAGGCGGCGGCGGCCGCCCCGGCCAAGCUCCCCGCCGCAGCCUCGCCGCUCCGCAGCCUGAAGGGCCAGGCCGGGCCGGGCCCGCGCUCCCUCAAGCUCCCCGCGGCCGCCGCCGAAGGGAAGGGGCCUGGCGAAGCCGAGAAGGGCGCGGCCGGGCCCGACUGCGGGGACUACCUGGCCAUGCCGCUCAAGGAGCCGCCGGCCGCGGGAGGAGGCGGCGGCCACCCGGGCCCGCUCUCGGCCUCGGCGGCCGCCGCCGCCCUCCAGCCCUUCAGCGCCGCCAAGAGCCGGGGCAGCCUCAGCCCCAAGCAGCAGCAGCCCAGCCCCGCCGCCCCGCCCGCGGCCGCUCCGGAGCUGCCGCCCGCCGCCAUCUAUCAUCAGCCGCUGCCGAUGGCCGCCCUGCACGGCGCGCAGCCCCCGCCGCUGCUCUGCUUCUCGCCGCCCUCGGCCGCCGAGCCCUUCCCGCCGACGCAGCGCAAGGUGCUGCUGGACCUGAGCACUGGCCAGUACUACCUGGUGGACGCGCCUGUGCAGCAGCCCCUCAAGAAGAGGCUCUUUGACCCCGAGACCGGGCAGUACGUGGAGGUGCCCAUGCCCCAGCAGCCGGCCAUGGCCCCGAUGCCGCUCCCCAUCUCCCCGCUAGCGCUCAACCCGGGGCCGUAUGGCGCCACCUACAUGAUCUACCCUGGCUUCCUGCCCACCACCGUGCUGCCAGCUACUGCCCUGCAGCCCCAGCUCUCCCUCCCGGGCAGCGACGUCAGCGCCCCUGCCGAGACCAGCAGCCCAGGGGCAGCACUGCGGGGAGGAGGAGAGGCCACUUUUGUGGAAAGUCCUUAUUAUAUCGCCACGGGCAAAUCCCAGUCGUCAGCCGCCACUGCCCAGCUCAGGGCGGCAGAGGGGAAGCCCGUCAUCAGCAUCACAUCUCAGCAAAUGGGGCCAAGGCUAAUUGCCCCGCCCUCCUUUGAUGGUACCACCAUGAGGUUCGUGGUGGAGCACAGAUGAUAAACCAAGGAGGCUACUGGAACAAGGAAGAAGAUUUAUCCUCCUCCUUUAAUAUGAAACGUGGUAACACUAAGCAUUCAUCCUUAAAAACUGCUUCCACAGUUUUCUCAUUUUUUGCUUCAUACAAAACAAGUGUGUAAGUUUCUUGUUUUCUCCUCAAUACCCCCAUUUUUGGUGUCUGUAUACAUUUAAUUAUGCAAAGCAGGCUGAAUAAUUGCAUUAUUUUCUGUAAAAUUGUUCCUUUUUAUACUGAAGCCAAGCAGACAUUAUACAUGCCCCUACUCGUAUGGCUAAGUGAAAAUGCUAGCAUUGUUCACAAACUUCCAUUUCUUUUACCUUUACCAAAAAAACCAAACCAACAACUUACUCAGUGGUGUUAGUACUACUCUACUGUUUUUGUAAAAACAACUGUGUAAAUGUGACAUGAUUUUAAGUUUGGAUCAAAAUAUAUCUUCUUACAGGUACUCAGAAUUUGUUAUGAAUAUAUAAUGCAGCCAUAUAAUUUACCAAACAGAGGCCCUAAAUCUUCUCCCACUGAAGUCAAUGGGACUCUUGCCAUAGACUUCAGUGGGAGCAGGAUCAGGCCCCGAGUUUAUAACAUUAUAGGUGUACACUUUGAAUAGCAAUCAUAGUGAUAUGUAGUCUUUAGGUUAUCGUUAGUGUGUAUUUUUGGCAUGGCUUCAAACAUGGUUGUGAAACUAUCACAGAACUUGUUUUGAUUGUUGUCAUUUUUUAUUCGCUCUUUUGUACUGUGUUUGACAUGACAAGUUGCCUUAAUCAUGGCAGUUUUUAAAUACUAGGCAGCCAGAAAUUGAAUGUAAUCUUUUUAGACCCCAGUUUUAAAGGAAAGGAUAGCAUUUAUUUUUCUUUAAGAUUGCAGUCUUUUGUUAACUUUGUAACUUUGUUCUAAAUUAAUUUAAUCUCAGUGAUCCACAUUACAAAGUUCCUUUGUUGUGUUGUUUGUUCAGUAUUGUGUUCUUUUGUGUCCAUUAUACAGCUGAUUUAUCUGAGACCCAAAUUAACAAUAUAUUUGCUUUAGAAAUUUUUCUGAAGGGGAAAAAAAUACAAUAGAUGGCUAGUCAGAAUGGGACAGAUAUGGGCCUGUUAUAACUCUGCUGAAGCUGGUGGUGUUAUACCAAUGAUGAAUUUGUCUUAUUAAAAGAGAUCUGUUACCAUGAUGGUAGGUCUGCUUUACAGUUGAUUUUAAUCAAUGACCUGCUCAUGUAUUGAUUGCCCUCAAAAAGUUCCCAUACAAAUCAAUGGGAGGGCAAGGGAUGCAAGACCAGGCCUAUAGUAUCUAAUUUAAAGCUCUCUCAGGGGCAUAGCAUGCCGUCCAUUGAUGCCAUUUAAAAAGUAAAAUAAAAAAGGACGUGUAUGUAUAGAUAUCGAGAUACAUGGUUUUCUCUUAUCGGUUCCAAAAUGUGCCCUCAUUUUACAGUCUGCCGUUAACUGUUAACAACCUCUAAUCUGACCUGGUCUUGAUUUGUAUAUGAAAGAAAAAUAACAUUUUGUUUUUUAGUAAAAUGCUAUGCUGUUCAGAGAAUAGGGUAGAAAUUUAAACCAGAACACCCAAGUAUUGUAGGGGACAACCUUAGCUCUGCCAAUUCUAACUACAUACACAGUAGUUUCCAUUGCUGGUCAAUAAUAAUCUUCGAUUCCAAAGCUUUGGUACCUAGAAGUCAGAAAUUAUUCAUAAAUCAUAGACUUUAGAAAAUGAAUGACUGAGGAGCCUCAGAACCAAUUUUAAGAUCAAGUACACUUUCAGUUAUUUAGAACACACACAGGAACUUCACAGCAAAACAAAAUUACUCUUUUGUGUUGCUAAAUUGUCACCUUUUGAAGGUGAUUAUCUUUUUUAGUUUUAGAAAACUCUAUAUCAUGUGCCAUUCUAAAAUACUUAUGGCUUAAAAUACUUAAAUGUUUAGAACUAUAACCUGUUUAUCUUGUGUGAAAGAUUUGAAGUAGACUUUUGCUUUACCGGUUCGUAAGAACUAAAAAUGAGUGUAACUUUAAAACAUCAGAAAGACUUGAGACUUCCCAAGUGUAAGAGAAAGCAAACUUUUCUUUGAGAGUAUAUCUCAAAGAAAAGUAUAUAUUUAGUUCAUGGCAAGCUGGGAAAUCUACCUCACGCUAGCCUGUUGUACAUGAAGUGUUCAUGUGGAGACUGUUGCUGCAGACUAAAGGUUCUAUAGAGCUCUUUGAGCUACCCUGCUUUGAAAUGGGAGUAGGUCAAAGCACCCCUAGGGAACUUUCAGUAUUUGUAUAGACAGGUGCUUGGAUGAGAUGUGUUUCAGGUUCUUAAGUUGAGUAAAGAAAGAUACUUAAUUUUGAAUACUUAUAAAUAUAACAUCUAAAAGAAUGUUGACAAGAUGUCAAAAUUCAAAAUGUCAGAUCUUGCAUUCUUACUCUGUCCUUAAGUAAAAUUCCCAUUAAUUUCAAAGCCUUUUUCACAGAGUAAGGAGACAUAACCCAGUCUUGCUCGCUUAGCAGUUUAGCCACUGGCUUCAGUGGAAAUAGGAUCAGGUUAUAAGUAAGGAGUGUGGGAUUUGUCUCUAAAUUCAUUUAGUCAUUUGACAUAUUUUAAUAUAAAAGGUUGUUUUCCAUAUUUAAACUUACUGCAGUUGAAUUUGAUCAAUGGAGGAAACCUGUUCAAAAAUACAAUAUGUUUAAUUGUAUUGAAUACCCAACUUUCUUAUUUAUGACUUUCUGCAGAAGAAAAUAUCUGGAGCCUUCUGACAAUGCAAGCCUGGGAAGGCUGUGGCUUUUGGCUCUGGGAAGCAUUGACCUAUUCAGAAGAAAGGUCUGCCUUCCACCGAAGCCCUAAUAAAAUAAAAUCUAACAGCUCAGUUGCCAAAAAUUGUGGAACUGAUAGACAGCUGGAAAGCUCAUGCAAAUAAAUUUGCCUCCCAGAAUGCCUGAUUCUUGCUUUCUUUGUAACUGUCAUCCUCCCCAACCACCUGUGGCCGUUCAGCACAUUGGAAUUAUUCCAGCUGUAGCUCAAAGUAGCUCUUCUUCACAGGUUUUGGAGAUUUUUCCUCUGAUGACCUACCUAUAUAUAAUGUAACCUUAAUUAUGGUGUGGUGACUGCUCCACUGUAGCACAUGUUUAAAGCUUUAAAAAUGACUUUGGAGUUCGGAACCUAUUUGCCCCAUGUCCAUUGUUUAAUUGCUGGUCUCUUCAUUCUUUUCUGUAGCUCACAGGUUCAUUUGUGAAACCAGCCAACAAGAGCUGUGAUUCUGCGUGGCCCAAGUGCCAUCAGUAAUGGUUCUUGCACUACAGUCCAUGGAUCACAAAUGGUCUCUACAACAAAAUGUUUUCAAAUUGAAACAAUAGGGGAUUGGGAGGAGAGAUGUUUUGAGAAAAUCUCUCUCACAGACUAGUCCGCAGAAUGAAACGUGUAUCCCUGCCAUACAAUAAAUCCUUGUCAUAUAUAUGGAAUACUCCAUAUAUGGAGUAUAUGGAAAUUAGACUCCUGAAAAUGCGGUUGGAGAUUCCAUUGAACUUGCUCAGGGAUUCUCCUAGGAUUGAUGUCUUGACCUGUCAGCCUAACAAUAACUCAAAUGCAGAACUUCUCCAGGUUAAUUCCCUAGAGAACUCAUUCCUUUAAGAUAUCUGGGGAAUUGAUCUCCUUUCUUUGGGAAACUAGCAGUUUGCUGGAGAGAGAUAUACGCUCUGUAGUGUAGACACACUCAGUGUUGUUAUAGCUAUGCUGGCAUAGCACUCUAGUGUAGAAACAGCCUACGCCUACCAAGUUUUUCCAUCGGUGUAGGAACAUCACCUCCCUGAACGAUGUUAGCUAAGUUGACAGAAGCUGCCUUCUGUCCACAUGGCUGAGUCUACUCUGGGGGUUUUGUUGGCACAGCAUCAUCUGUCAGAGGUGUGGGUUUUUUCACACCCCUGAUUGACAUAGCUGUGCUGGCAUAACUUUUAACUUUCAUUCAACUUUGACUUUCAUUCAACUGUGUGCUCUAACAAUCCACAGUGCUUGAGUUGCUCCAAACACAAGUGUCAUGGAUAGGCUGCAAUAACACUCCAGUGCACAGCACAUGGUUUGUCAUUAAGGUAGGAAUAGGGAAUCUGAAUCAUUAGAAAUGGAUGAGUGCAGGUGUUUGGGAGUUUCAGUUCUCUAUAUAGUGUUCUCUGAGCAUGAUCAGAGAAAUCCCCUUGUUUCCUUAUAUGAAAUGAAAGUCAUUUCAUUUCAUGGAGAUAUAGCUAAUGCCUACUGAAGUGUUCUGCAGCUAUUGAAGAGAGUACAUUUCCACAGAAGGAAAAAAAUUCAACUUAGGAAACGUAGAACCCAGGAGAUUGACACAGUUUUUAUGGACCAGUAGCCACGUAUUCUGCUUUCAGCUAGUUUGAGCCCUAAAAUCCCCACUUUAAUAAUUACCAGUGAUAUAAUAAAGGCAGUACAGGAUUAGAUGGUUCUGUCCAAAUCAUUUUGGGCUAUUCCUUGCAUUCUUUACUCUGGCAAAACUGCCAGUGAAGUCAAUGGGAGUUUUCAAUGAAUAAAAAUCUAAAGUUUAUAUGAAAAUUUUGAGACUAAUAUGAAAGUUUUUGAAAAAUACCUUAUCAAAGUAAAAACAAACAAACAAAACUGCUUAAAUUUUUGUUUUAAUACAUUUGUUUAUUGUAGUGUUUGUCACAUUUAAGGAAAAUCUUAGGGUUUAAUUUACAGUUUUGUUUCCACUGAUGAGGUAUAAAAUAUAAAAAAUGAGCUACAAUUGUCUUGAAGUACACAAGUGUGAUUUUAUUUCACCAGAAUUUAUUUGUUUGCAGGCACAAAUUGAAAUUAUCCUCAGGAUGAAAUGCACUGCACGUAUACAGGUAGUGAGUGAUUUAACAUAUGCUGUUCUCAUUUACCUGCAUCAUUGUGGAAAUCAGGUGAAAGAAAUAAUGUUUUACCACUUUAAGAACUCUGAAGUGCACAACUAGAAUAUAUAGCAUGUAAAGUUCAUCCCUGUGUUCCUCAAUAAUGUUGCCUAGAUUUAUAAGUUUUACAUUUUUAUCAGAAUUUUGCUUUUCUAUUCAGGUGUCUUUAAAAGAAAAUGAAUGCAUCUUUGCCGUUUUCAUGAAUGAUAAUGAUAAAAGUCUGUAUAUGUUAUAAAUAGGAUUUCUGUGUUAUAUAAAACAGACAGUACUUCAGACUGCAGGACAGUAUAGCUACAAAAGUAGAUUGACCAUAGUUACACAAAUAUAUGUAUAGCACACACACUAUAAUACUAGCAUCUGCAUUUAAAAAUAUUAGCGACAUCAUACCUUUUUCUAUAACGGUGCUCAGAGAGGAGUUUCACAUUACAGUUUACAAGAUGUAGGUUUGCACACACAAACUCUCAGGGUUUACAGUUUUGCCCAGUGUACUUGAAAGAAAAAAAAUGGUGCCCUGUAUUUCAAAAAAUAUUUGUAGUAAAUGUUUUUGUUAAACUACCUGUAAAAAAUGAAAGCAAUAACAUGAAGCAGUAUCAACAAUUAUCUGUUUUCUCAGGGGAAAUCUCUUCAAUAGAAUGUUUGACAUUAGGAUUGAAACAGUGUUUGCUUAAUUUUGUCUGUUAAUAUUAAACAGACUACAUGUUUGCAUAAAGUGUCAGUUAUGCAAGGUGUUGUGUGCUUUGGUCCUGAUCCAGCAAAGCGCUUGAGUAUGUCUUUACUCUAAGCACUUGAGUAGCUCCACUGACAUGUUUAAUUAAGCAUGUGCUUUGGUGCUUUGCCUUGUUGGAGCCAGAACUCUCAGCAUCCUGCAAGAUGGAGCCCCAGGUCCUUCACAUUAUGUGUGUACAAAUAGUACUCCAGGCUUGAGUCUGACAUGAAAUGUGCAGGCAUACAUUGCUUUAAAGAGUAGUGAUAUGGUGCUUAUGCGUGCUUACCCAGUGGUGAAUUUGUCAAGUUAACGUAGUUAUGUGUAACCACAUAUCUUAGAUUAGAAUCAAGCCCUCUGUGUCAGGUUCACAAGCUGUUAGUAUUGUAUGUUUCAUAUUGUGGUCAUAGUACCUUAGGGUGAAAUUCACCCGUCUGUAGAGAAUCAGCACAAAACCCAGGCACUACUCAAGUUCCACGUAAGCCUUGUGGGCCUGAUCCAAAGUCCUCUGAAGUCAACAUAAAGAGUCCUGUUGAUUGCAGUGGAUUUUGAAUAUUAUCCUGCUUGAAGGCUUAAAUGAGACUCGAGCGGUCCUUGUGUUAAUAUGCAGUGCAAGAGGGUGAAUUUCACUCUUUUUAGAAUUAUUGGUACAUACUCACUUCGGUGAAUAAUUUUAAAGGUAUAUUUAUGGGUUGUGUGUUUAUUCCCAUCUGCAUUCGAAGAUGAGUUUACUAUGUAGUGGUGAUGGCCAGAGUGUCAUUCCUUUUCGUAGAAAUUACCGUAAACUUGUGGCUACCUGAGAAUUCAUACAGUACUUUAAAACAUGCUUGAUGUGGAAGAUGAUCUUUUUUUUUUUGUUUUUUUGUUUUUUUUUGCGGGGUGGGGGGACACAUCAGUAUUAAGGCAUUGAACAGUGCAAAUACGAAAUAAAGACAAUGAUUGUUAGAGAAUGUGAAUGGUAUGUUUGAUUAGAGCAUAGUGGAUUACAUUGUAAAUGGUAAAGGCAGAGUGUUGUGAAGGAUUUGUAAUGACAAUGUAUUAUUGCCAGUGGAAAAAUGGAAGGUAUAUACAUGGAGAGAAUUUGACUCUUUAAAUUGCUUUCAACCUAGACAACAUUUUGGCAAGUUCCUAGCUGAAGUCUGAAGUGAUCACAUUACAGAAUGCUGUGAGCUUGGAAUUUAAGGACAAAAACUACAGCAAAAAAGCUCUGAGAAUUGCACUAACUGUGUGUUGCACAAGGCAAAAAUUUAAUUAGAUGUGAAUCAUGUGAGAAUGGACUGUUUUAAACCAUUGAAUACCGAAGUUUGUAAUUCAUUGGCAAAUAUUUGCAUAUGUUUUUUUUUGAAUGUUAUGACAAAUGAAAUGUAUUUUUCAG